ACGCACAGUGUCUAAAUACACAGCAUUCUGUACAAAGUAACACUUUUCUAUUCUGUGCGAUGAACUCCCGGGGUAUGGGAAAUGGGGGCAUCUUUUCUGGACAACACACACACACAGAUAGAGAAAGUAUCACCAGUUGUUUGUCUUGGACUCUGGACGUGACGAAGAGAAAGGAUCUUCUUCUAGUUCGAAGAUCGUCUCAAGUGACAAUGUCACCCGCCAGUUUAGUUCAAACAAAGUUCCGUUUAAACAAGGUCUAUCCCAUCGUUCACAUUCUUAUUCUUCUUUUAAGAAUCAUUUAAAGUCUUCGUCAAAGUUCGUGGUUUUCACUUGAGCUCAGGAGGAGAGUUUUUCGUCGCUAACACCUUUGAGAGACUUCAGAUUCUGCCAAGAAAUUGAAGGAGAAAAUGAAGUUAUUUCUUCUUGAACUUUGUCUGCUGUCCCUGGCAUCACAUGGACAACUGCAGGUGUCCACGCCGACCGUUUCUCCGGCAUCAAGUUUGAGGGCGGAGAUAGAGAAUUUGCGGAAGUUUCUAGAUGAGGCCCUCCAGGCCAUAGACAACGGCACUGUUGCGGCGUUGGACCAGGGUACCCUGGUGUCGAUCCUGACCCAGUACACCCAGAAUCUGAUGGAGAAGCAUGUCACCGAAGAAGAGACCGCAGCGACCACUGAAGCCUCGGUCACGGAGGAGGAGAUCAGCACCCCCUCUGUGGAUGUAAAUUCUGAUAGUACUAUCGACGACGUCACCGAGACUGUUAACGAGAACGAGGAAACUACCUCCCCCGUGUACACUACCACAACUACCCAAGAGCAGUCUACCCGAGACGAGAUCUGUGAACUGCCUCCAAUGACAGGAAUGUGCCGCGGCUAUUUUCUGAAGUUUCAUUUUGACCCCAUAAAGAGACUGUGCACAAAGUUUGUGUACGGAGGUUGUGGGGGGAACGCAAACCGCUUCAACUCGGAAGAGGAGUGCAAGAAGAGAUGUCAGCCAUGAUCAAAGGCGUUUAACGGAGCUCCGCACGAACAACUCUUACCCAACAGAUCACAACACGUCCGCAGCAGAAGCUAAAUUUCUGGCAAAUGCUGACACAUUUUCGUUGAAAUAAAAAUAAAUGACGAGAAGACAAGGACAGGAUAAAAUAAAAUAGAAACUUAGAUCGAUCAUUGCAUUGUCUUUUAAUAAAAGUAGAAAUCAAAA